CUCCCUUAUCGGGGCAGUUGCGGGAGAGGAGGAAGAAGGGGAUGGCCUUCGAGGGGAACGGUUCGCUUUGCCCGGACGGGGGUGACCGUCACGGGAACAGCAAAGGGACUUAUUGUGUCCUUUGUAUUUAAUUUACAGUACAUAUGCAUUUAUAGUGUCUUCAAUAUUAACUAGUUCGGUUUGCAUCGGUUGAAGGGGGCUGGAUCUGCACGCCAUCUCAUACUGUGGCCAGCCUUAAGAAGGGAACGACUCGAACCGUUCUAGUUUACAUAAGACAAAUGUAUAUUUUCAAUGGAACCUGACACAAGGGCCUCUGAGGAUUAUGAGAAUGAGCACUUGCUUUCAGAAGUUGUUUCAUUAAGGACUCAGCUGCAGGAAACAGAAAGGCAUUUAAAAAAUUUGGGAGAAGAACUUCACAGUACAAAUGGACACAGUAAGUCAGAUCUCAGCAUUGAUGAUGGUGAGCUUGGGGUUUUAACAAUGGAAGACCUGAUUGAUCCUAGUGAAUUACAUAAUUCUUCAGCUCAUAGUGCCAUAAACAGAAUGUCUUGGUGUGACGGAGAUUCUCCAAGGAAACUCCAGAAGAAAUGUUACUCACUGUCCUUUGAUAAAAGCAUGGAAGAAGAAAAUGAACUACUAAGAGAAAAACUGAAUAUACUCCGGGGGAGAAAUGAAUUAUUGACUACCCAGAAUCAUGAUCUGAUGAAUGAAAUUGAAACUAUCAACUUUGAACUAAAGCAGACAAAAGCACGAGUAUCGCUCCUUGAAUCUACUUUAGGAACCCAUUCGGUCAGCAUUCCAAUGUUAGAAGAACAAAUAGGAAGUUUGGAAGCAGAAGUACAAGCCCAAGAUAGUUUUCUAAGAGACACAGAAGACAAAUUAGAGCAAAGUCAGAAAAUGGCAAUGGAAAAAGAAUAUGCUUUGCAGAAGCUAAAAGAGGACUAUAAAAAAUUGAAACUUGAUUUUAUUGAACGUACCAAACUAGGAAAGAGAACUGAACAUCAAAGAGAUGAAGCUCUGUAUAAUGCUGAAGAGCUGACAAGAACUUUUAAAAAAUAUAAAGAGAAGAUAACUGCUAAGCUAGAAAAAGUUCAAGCAGAAGAACAAAUUUUAGAAAGAAAUCUAAUGAACUGUGUAAAAGAAAACGAAAAACUGGAAUCAAAAUGUGAUAGCUAUAGAAGUGAGCUGGAAAACUUGAAGGAACAAAUGAGGCAGUUAGUUGAGGAGACUUGUAUUGGAAAAGAAAACCUAAGGAGUAUGGAAGCCAGAAACUCUGAAAUGGAAUUGUUGCUGAAGCAUUCCCAGCAGAAGAUUCAAUUGCUUGAAAGUAGACUUCAGGAGCAAGGCAGAGUACUUGAGGAGAAAAAUGCCUUAAUAAAGGAAAAUGCUGACUUAAAAACCCUCAUUGCAAAGCAACAGGACCAGCUUCAGUCAUGUCAACAAGACAUUGAAAAUUCAAAAAUCGAACUUAAAACUUUGGAAAAUGUUAUCUCUCAAUUGUCCCAAAGCUCACUGAAAGGGGUUGAUCACUAUCAGCGUCAUAAUGAAGCAACAUGUGCCAAUUGCUCUGAAUCAAGUAGAUCCUUGAUAGAAGAGCUAAGAUUAAAACUGAAAAUAAAAGACACAGAGAUUCAGAAACUUCAAGCAGAACAUAUGGCUGGUAAAAUAGGUCAAGAGAUCUCUGAAGAAGAUGAGGGACAAAAAUUGCAUGGCCUAGAAACUGAACCAGUAAAACUAACUGAAGAUCAAACAGAGAGAAAAUGCAAACAACUGGAGAUUACCACUAAACAGUUAGAAAAGGAGAAGCAAAUAUUAAUUAAGCAAUUAGAAGAACUUCAUACAAAAUUGGAAAAAUCUGAAGAAGAGAAUAAAUUUUUAAAGGACAACAUGGCCCAGCGAACUACUCAGUUUCAAGCAAUACAGGAAGAACUCUUGGAGAAAGCUGCAAAAUCUACUACCUUGGAGCGAGAAAUAGCAAGGAAAACCUCUCAGCUUUCAACCCUUGAAAAGCAGUUGGAAGAAAAGACAGUUGCUUAUACAUCUGCAGUUGCAAAGAAGACAGAGCUUGAACAGGAAUUAGUGGAAGUUAACUCUCAGCUUCACAAUUUGGAAAGAAAUAUCAAGGAGGAACAUGAGCACUUCUCUUUAAUGCUAGAAAAAACAAAGAUUAUUCAUCUUGAGCAACACAAAGAGAUGGAAAAGCAGAUUGAAUUACUUCAGUCUCAACUAGAAACUAAAAACCAACAGUUUCUUGAGCAAGAGAACACAUUGACCAUUUUACAGCAAGAUAUUUUACGUAAACAACGGCAGAUUGAAUCAUUGGAUCAAUUGCUUAUAGAAGGCAAAGAGGAAAUAGAAAAGCAGAAAGUCAAGAAAGAAGAAGCUUUACAGAUACUACAGGAACAACUUUCUGAGGAAACAAUCAAGGUCAAACAUCUUCAGACAGCAUUAGAUAUAUGUAAGGAUGAUCUAGCAUUGUAUUUAAGUCAUAUAGAAGAAAAUAGAGCAUUAUUCGAAAAACAGUUAAAGAACAAGUCUGAAGAGGUGCAACGUUUGCAAAAAGAAAUGAAGCUUAAAAAUGGCAAUCUUCAGUCAACUAAUGAACAAAACCUCAUCCUACAGCAAACACUGCAGCAGCAGCAGCAAAUGUUACAUCAGGAAACCAUCCGGAAUAGUGAAUUGGAAGACAGCCAAACAAAACUUCAAAAACAGGUAACAAAGUUAGAGCAUGAACUUCAAAAGCAAAGGGAAAAUUUGGAAGAAGAAUUGAGAAAAACAAAUGAAAAACUCCAUUUAGCCUCUGAAGAAACUGAUUUGAAAAGACAAAAAGUAACAGAGCUUACAGGUACAAUUAGUCAGAUUAAAAUAGAGAUGGAUCAAUGUAAAGAUGAAUUAAUAGACAUGGAGAAAGAACUGGUGCAUUUAAGACGAGAUGGUCAUGCUAAAGCUAUGCAGCUGGGCCAGCUGGAAAUGACUUUGGAGCAGAAGGUUACAGAAUUGCAUGAAAAAGCACAACAAGUGAGAGAGUUAGAAGACAAACUACUUUCAAGUGAGAAGCAGCAAAAGGAUGCAGCACAGAAAAUAAAGGCAUUAGAGAAUGAUGUACAAAAUGCCAAUGCAGAACUGAAAAACACUUUGAGGCAGCUGCAAGACCUUCGGGACGUGCUACACAAUGCACAGAUGUCUUUGGAGGAGAAGUAUGCUGCUAUCCAGGAUCUAACAGAGGAACUAAGAGAUUGCAAGGAUGAACUGGAGGAGAAAAAACAAGAGCUUCUCGACAUGGACAAGGCACUAAAAGAAAGAAACUGGGAUCUGAAGCAAAGAGCAGCUCAGGUUACAAAGUUGGAUAUGUCAAUUCGGGAGCACAGAGGGGAACUGGAACAAAAGAUCAUUAAAUUAGAGGCAAAGUUAGAAAAAGAAGAGUUGCAAAUCAAGGAAUGUUAUAAACAGAUUGAAAGUUUAGAGAGCAAACUAAAGCAUGCAAAAGAUGAGCUUCAUGAGAAAGAGUUUAACAUCCUUCAGCAAGAUCAAGAAAUCAACAGUCUUAAAAAAGAAAUGGAAAGAAAACAACAAAGAUUAAGAGAUAUGGAGAAAAAGAUGAAAGAACAAGAAAAAUGCAUUGCAGAACAGUACAAAGAAGUACUUGAUUUGGGUCAGCAGUUGAGGUUAGAACGUGAACAAAUGCAGCACAUCCAUGGGGAGCUCCUGGAGAGCCGUCGGCAACAGGCUCAAACUCAGAGGGAUGUGGACAGGAUCUCCCUUGAACUGGAGGAAGUCAACCAUCUCUCUCUUGAAAAAGAAAGCCGUGCAAAUCAUUUGGCAGAAGAACUAGGGGCGGCUCAGGCACGAGAAAUGCAGUUAGAAGCAAGAAUGCAAGCAAAUGUUCAGAGGCUCUCUGCAGAAAUAGAAUCACUAAAGCAGUCUUAUCUGUCAGAGAAGCUCUCAUAUGAAGCACAGCAGACAAAAUGGAGGCAGUCACUAUCUAAAUCUCAUCAUGUUCGUGGACAGUUGCAGCAGCUAAAGAUGGAACUGGAUGAAGCUCAAGGAACAGUCUAUAAUCUGCAGCAGCAGCUUCAAUCCAGAAAUGAGAUAAUCCAAGCCGCAAAUGAAGCUCUUCUUCUUAAAGGAUCUGAAGUAACAAGAUUACAAGCUAGAAUUGGAGGUCAUGAAAGAACAGAAGGCAUCAGGCAGCUAUCCAUCCCACCAUGGUCUAAUGACCAAGAACCGGACUUUGCCACCAAGCAUUCUCAGAUUUCUAGCUCUCCUCACAAAAACUUGCAUUGCUCUACAAGCAGCAACCAUCUGAGCAUUAAAAACAAUGAGAAUUUAUUAAAUAUGAAGCCAUUAUUUACAUUACACUCUUCAGUGACUUGUGGGGAGACAAAAGACGUAACUCAUCCUUUACCAGAUAGUCUGAAUGAAUCCUCCUUUGAUCCCUUGACACACAUAGGAGAUGAAGAUUUGUCUGGUGACAGUAAUGACUUUCAAACACUUAGUGGCAUGUUGAAAUAUAUCAACAAGGAGAUGAAGACUUCGGAAAGUUCUUCCCUAUAAUUUUCACCUGAUGUGAAGAAAAAUCUAAGUAGGUACCUCUGCAUGUAAUUUUUUUAAUAAAUGGAAUAUAGCACACUUAGAAGUAGUGGACUCCACCCACAGGAUGUCAUUUUUAAAUCUAUUCAGAAUACCUCUCGGACUGAUCAUUUAUGUAUUGGGUCCAAAAUGUGACAGUAUUAUUAUUUUUUUAAAGGUAAAUAGCUUGAACUUGUGCAUGUUUAUUCAUAUAUCAGCUCCACUGUUUUAUAGGUCAGGCUUUGCUUCAAGUACUACUGUACAGCUGAUCAAAUGAUGUGGCUGCAUUGUUUUAGAUUGUUGGAAUUAAAAAUAUCUAUUAAAAUUUUAAACUAGCUUUGGAUACAAUGUGCCUGUCCAGUGGACUGAUUCUUCCACCAAUUUCCACCAACAUAUCCAAUGAUGUGGGAUAAUGGGAGUUGUAAUACAACAACCUCUGGACAUUAAGUGGCCAUCCCUGAUUUAAAGUUAUUAAUUGUUGAGCUUGUUUUCUUGUUUUAUUUCUCAUUUAUUGGUAAUGGGGAGGCUAGAUACCCAGUGAAAUAUAUGAAUUCCUGAUUAACCAAUGAAAAAGUGAGCUUAUGAUCACAACCUAUGUGGAACUUUACGGCUGGGAUCCCUACAUCCUUGCAGACCAACGGUGAGGAAGAUUAUACAUGCAUCCUGGGGAAGAACAACACACGAGCAGGAUUGUCCACCAAAAAGGUUCUGCCCCUUGUGUGUGUAUAGAGUCUAUAGAGAACUCGAAUAGCAUGCUUAGUUCAGAUAACGUUUUAGGCUGAUACUCAGGGUACAAAUGUUUUAUAUACUAAGAUGAUGAUAACUAAAACAUUUCUCAGACAUUUGAGCUCUAGAAACCUUAGAUCUAUGUGAAGGUCAAGAUACAUGCAGUAUUUUGUCUUAUGUUUGGUAACAAAUAGAAACAAGAACCUGAGAUCCCUGAAUCUUCUUGCUAAUCAAGGCAUUAAUUGCCAAAUUUUUCAUUCAGGAGCAAAU